AUGUCGAAAGUAAUGCGAAGUGUCAAAAAUGUCACCAAGGGCUAUUCCAGUGUCCAGGUAAAGGUCCGCGAAGGUUCGUCUCCCCGGCGGCUGCGCAACUCCAAACUCUUUUCCGGCCCGCUGGCCAUAACUAUGGGAAAGGAUAUUGACGUCGUUUUUGCAGCGACGAGCAAUGACCCAUGGGGUCCAACGGGGACGCAGAUGAGUGAGAUCGCUCAACUGACCUACAAUUCAUCGACCGAAUUUUACGACAUCGUUGAUAUGCUGGAUAAGCGCCUGAACGACAAGGGCAAGAACUGGCGACACGUCUUGAAGGCGCUGAAAGUUCUCGAUUAUUGCUUGCACGAGGGUUCAGAGUUGGUAGUGACUUGGGGCAAAAAGAACCUCUAUAUCAUCAAAACUUUGCGCGAAUUCCAAUACAUCGACGAGGAUGGUCGGGACGUUGGACAGAAUGUACGAGUCGCGGCGAAGGAGUUGACUUCACUGCUAUUGGAUGAGGAGAGACUCCGUGCCGAACGAAGCGAUCGAAAGACCUGGAAGUCUCGCGUGACGGGCAUAGAGGAGUUCCCCCCCGAAGGCAGCGUUCCACCACCUCGACAACAACGCCGUCAGCGUUCCCAAUACAGCGACGAGGAUGAUGCCGAGUACAAGCUGGCAAUCGAGGCGAGCAAGUACCAGGAGGAGGAAGACCGUAGGAGACGCGAAGGCCGGCCAGCGGCCGAAGAUAACGACGACGACCUCGCCAAGGCCAUUAAGCUCAGCAAAGAAGAGGAGGAACGGAGGCGGCGCGAGCUGGAGGAAAGUAACGCGAACUCGCUGUUCGAUGACGACCCUUUCCCAGCGAGCCAACCGCAACCGACUGGCAUGAAUAUGGGGUACCAGCAGGGCAGCAACGUCGAUUGGUUUGGUAACCCGACAAACGAAAACCAAAUGACAGCCCAGCCUACUGGAUACAUGAACAACAUGAACAACCAGUAUACUGGAUUCCAGAACGGCUUUGGUACUCAGCAAACGGGCAUAUAUGAUCCUUACGGGCAACAGAACCAGCAACAACAACAACAACAACAACAACAGCAGCAGCAACAGCAACAGCAGCAACAACCGCAGCAGCAGCAGCAAGCACAGCCGUUCGGCAUUUCGUCCACUGGAUACAACCCCUACGCUCAACAGCAACAGCAACAAUUCCAACCUCAGCCUACCGCCUCCUCGGAACCCACUACGCAGCCGGGCAGCAAUAACCCGUGGGCUAGCAACCAGACUUCCUCCCCUAUUCAGCCAAUGAAGACUGGCUCAAAUAACCCCUUCGCCACAGGCUUCGGCAAACCUCAAGCCCAACGAGUGCCUGCGAUGCCAAGUCUGAGCAGUCUCCAAGCUCUACCCGAACAGAAAAGUCUUCAGACCUUCACUCCUCCGCAACCGACAUUUUCACAACCCCCACCGCAGCAGCAACAGCAACAGCAGCCGCAGAGGGAAGUCAGUGAACACGAAGCUAGACUCAAUGCUCUUCUUUCUAGCGGCGAUGGCAUGGAUACUUUCGGCAACACUGGUAAUUUGCGUAUCCCAGCCCAGCACACCGCCCCCGGGACGUUCGUCAACUCGGCAGGUAUUGGCAUGAACACGCUCAACGCUGAUGCGACGGGCAACAACCCGUUUCUGCGCCAGCAGUUUACUGGCAUGCCGAAUGUAUCUUACCAGUCUAACGGACCUCAGAUGCCGGCUGCCACUGGUCUUGCCAACAUGGGCAUGAAUGGCGGCUUCGGCGGACAGAGCAAUCCAUUUGCGGCGCGGCCGACGCAACAGAAUAACAGUCAAGGAGGACAGGACUUGAUCCAAUUCUGA